AUGGAAGUAAGGGAGAACCAGGGCCGAGAGGUCCUCCUGGAUUGGAUGGUCCACCUGGACUUGAUGGAUUACCUGGUCCCUAAAGGUUGGGAUGGUGCUCCAGGCAUGAAGGGAGAUAAAGGUUUCCAAGGACCUAUGGGCCCACCAGGCUUACCAGGUCCUCAAGGAAUAAUGGGUAUUCAAGGUGAACGUGGUGAAACAGGUCGUAUGGGAUUACAAGGUGUACCUGGAAUACCUGGUGCUCCUUGUGCUACAACAGACUAUCUAACUGGCAUCCUUUUAGUGCGUCACAGUCAAACAAAUAUAGUACCCCAAUCCAAUGUCAUAGCUGUUCACAGUCAAACUCUUGAUAUACCUAGUUGUCCAGUGGGUUGGAAUUCAUUGUGGAUUGGAUACAGUUUUGUUAUGCACACUGGAGCUGGUGGACAAGGUGGUGGUCAAGCGCUUGCUAGUCCGGGAUCUUGUCUUGAAGACUUCCGAGCAACACCAUUUAUUGAAUGUAAUGGUGAAGGUGGUACUUGCCAUCAUUUCGCCAAUAAACUUAGUUUCUGGCUAACAACUAUAGAUGAUAAGAAGCAAUUCGCGAAACCAGAGCGUGAAACUCUUAAAUCUGGACGGCUUUUGCAACGAGUGUCUAGAUGCGCUGUUUGCAUUAAAAAUACCACAUAG